AUGGUUUAUGGAGAGCAAAGGAAUUAUGAUAUGAAUUCAAACACAUAUCAUCCAGGUUUGCGUAAUCAUCCAAACUUUCGGUACAGUAAUACUAAUCAAUUGAAUCCUCAUUUUCAGGUACCGAAUCAAGGAAGCCAGCCGUAUCAGAACCGUCAAUCGAAUUAUAAUCAGAAUUACCCUCAAGGAAAUUACAACAAGGGCAACCAAAGAAGUUAUCAGCAACAACAGGAGCAGGGCAAGGCAAAUACUUCAAACGAGGAGGUUUCCAAUCGGGAGAUUAUGGAAAUGUUGAAGCAAAUGAAAAAAGACCAAGAAGUGCAAGCUAAAUCUCAUCAAGCAUUGGAAAAGCAAGUCGCCCAACUGGCGACCGAGAUGGCACAAGGGAGAAAAGUUUCGAGUCGAUUGCCUAGUGAUACCAUGAAGAAUCCACAGCAUCAAGGGAGUUCGUCUAACGCCAGAAUUAAUCAGGUAAAUAUUCUUCGUUCUGGGAAAGUUUAUGAUAAUCAGGUUGGGACUCCUCCACAGUUGGUUGAAGGUGUUGUGGAGGAAGUUGAUGAGGAAAACGAGUCUGAUGCGGAGCCGGGACCUAUUAGCCCUAAAAAGAAUAAAAAAGAAAAUCUCGAAAAUAAUAGGGUGAUAGAUACUGAACCGGGUGACAAAAAGGAGAAGGGUAUGGAGGGUAAUACCGUACCAUUUCCUAAGGCUUUAAUUAAUCCCGAAACAAAAGUUGUUAAUAAACGGGGCCCACAACAGGAUGAGAUGUGGGAAGUUUUUAAACAGGUGAAAAUUAAUCUCCCGUUAUUAGACGCAAUCAAGCAGGUUCCGGCAUAUGCAAAAUAUUUGAAAGAGCUUUGCACCCAAAAACGGCACAACAAAUUUCCGAAAAAGAUAGCUCUGACUGAAAAAGUUAGUGCCGUUUUGUCGGGUGAUCUUCCACCAAAGCUCCGAGAUCCAGGUGCUCCUCUAAUCCCCAUUCAAGUUGGUGAAUUUAAGAUGAGUCGAGCCUUGCUAGAUUUGGGAGCAAGUGUUAGCAUCUUACCAGGAAGUUUAUACGAUCAAUACGAUUUCGGACCAUUGAAACAAGCCGACACCACCGUGGUGUUGGCCGACUUGACGUUAAAACUACCCCGGGGGAUCUUACGUGAUGUCAUUGUCAAAGUUGACGAGUUUUAUUACCCGGUUGACUUUUUGGUUUUAGACUACGUGCAAAUUGAAAAUACUAAACAACCUAAUGUCAUACUUGGUAGACCAUUUUUAGCAACCGCUAAUGCACUAAUCGAUUGUAGAAAUGGUACGGUUGACAUCACGUUUGGAAAUCGUAAGGUCCGAUUAAAUGCGUUUGCCUGUGCAUCUGAUUCUCUAGUCAAUGAUGAAUGCUUCAUGGCGGACAUUAUUGACGGGUGUUAUCCUCACGAAAGUGGGGAAUGCACUAUAGAGACGUGUUUUGUUUGUGACAGGGAUUUGGCAGAAAUAGAGGUGGAAUUGGAAUACGCGGAAGAAGAGUUGGAGGUGAUGGCUGUUAAGGAAUUGAAGCCGACUUGGACACAUCAAGUCGAGAAUUUACCGGAUCAUAUUGACACUCAAUUGAAGCCAUCACUUGAGUCACCUCCACAAGUCGAGUUGAAGAUAUUACCAAAGCAUUUGAAGUAUGCUUUUGUGGGCGACAACAACACCCUACUCGUAAUUAUCGCUUCCAAUUUAUCACCUGAACAAGAAAAAGCUUUAAUGGAAGUGUUAAUAGCCAACCGUGCUGCAAUUGGGUGGACAAUCGCUGAUCUCAAGGGGAUUAGUCCAUCCAUUGUUAUGCAUAAGAUCAUCACUGAGGAAGGAGCAAAACCGGCUUGA